AUGCCCUCUGUGGACGAUGUGUUGGAGCAGAUUGGGGAGUUUGGCUGGUUCCAGAAGCGAACCUUCCUCCUCCUGUGCUUCAUCUCCAUCAUCCUAGCCCCCAUCUAUGUGGGCAUCGUCUUCCUGGGCUUCACCCCGGACCACCACUGCCGGAGCCCCGGGGUGGCCGAGCUGAGCCGCCGCUGCGGCUGGAGCCCCGAGGAGGAGCUCAACUACACAGUGCCCGGCCUGGGUGAGGCCGAUGGGGCCUUCCUCCGCCAGUGCAUGCGCUACGAGGUGGACUGGAACCAGAGCUCCCUGAGCUGCGUGGACCCACUGGCCAGCCUGGCCCCCAACAGGAGCCACCUGCCGCUGAGCCCGUGUGAGCACGGCUGGGUGUAUGACACGCCCGGCUCGUCCAUCGUCACCGAGUUCAACCUGGUGUGCGCCGAUGCCUGGAAGGUGGACCUGUUCCAGUCCUGUGUCAACCUGGGCUUCUUCCUCGGAUCCCUGGGCAUUGGCUACAUUGCAGACAGGUUUGGUCGCAAGCUGUGUCUCCUGCUGACCACACUGAUCAGCGCCGUGUCGGGGGUGCUCAUGGCUGUGGUGCCCGACUACACAUCCAUGCUGCUCUUCCGUCUGCUGCAGGGCCUGGUCAGCAAGGGCAGCUGGAUGUCCGGCUACACACUGAUCACAGAGUUCGUUGGCUCGGGCUACCGGAGGACUGUGGGGAUUCUCUACCAGGUGGCCUUCACUGUGGGGCUGAUGGCCCUCUCAGGCGUCGCCUACGCCAUCCCGCACUGGCGCUGGCUGCAGCUGACCGUGUCCCUGCCUACUUUUUUGUGCCUCUUGUACUACUGGUGUGUACCCGAGUCUCCGCGAUGGCUGCUGUCCCAGAAGAGGAACGUGGAGGCGGUCAAGGUCAUGGACAGCAUCGCUCAGAAGAACGGGAAGCCGCCUCCGGCUGACCUAAAGUUGCUGUCUCUGGAAGAGGAUGUCACAGAGAAGCUGAGCCCUUCCGUGGCCGACCUGUUCCGCACGCCCAACAUCAGGAAACACACCUUCAUCCUGAUGUUCCUGUGGUUCACCCUGGCCAUGCUCUAUCAGGGCAUCAUCUUGCGCAUGGGGGCCACGGCCGGCAACCUCUACAUGGAUUUCUUCUACUCUUCUCUGGUCGAGUUCCCUGCAGCUGUCAUCAUCUUGGUCUGUGUCGACCGCGUGGGCCGCAUCUACCCCAUGGCCGUGUCCAACUUGGCCGCCGCGGCAGCCUGUAUCAUCUUGAUUUUCAUCCCCCAGGACCUGCACUGGCUGAACAUCGUGCUGUCAAGCAUCGGUCGCAUGGGAGCUACCAUUGUCCUGCAGAUGAUCUGUCUGGUGAAUGCCGAGCUGUACCCCACAUUCGUCAGGAACCUCGGCGUGAUGGUGUGCUCCGCCCUCAGCGACAUCGGCGGCAUCAUCGCCCCCUUCAUGGUCUUCAGGCUCAUGGAGAUCUGGCAGCCGCUGCCUCUUAUUGUUUUUGGCGUGCUGGCGCUGCUCGCUGCUGGGAUGACGCUGCUGCUUCCCGAGACCAAGGGCGUGGCUUUGCCUGAGACCAUUGAGGAUGCAGAGAAUCUCCAGAGGAAAGACAAGCCCAAAGAGAACAAGAUUUACCUCCAGGUGCAAACAUCAGAGCUCAGAAGCCCCUAGAGCAGUACCUGGUGACCACCAGAG